AUGGAUCAUAUAUAUGGCCAUCCUAUGCGACAGUUACCAGGAAAGGCAUAUGCAAAGCGGCAGCACGUAUGGCUGAGUGGCGCAAAUGAGGUCGACAGCAAAAUUUAUUCCAGAGCCAUCCUUGCUAAGAGUGCUCGUGUUCAGACAGUUGUUUGCAUUCCUCUCCUUGAUGGUGUCCUAGAACUCGGCACUACUGCUAAGUUACAGGAGGAUGCUGGAUUAAUCGAGCACGUGAAAGGCUUCUUCACGGACCAGAAUUACCAGCAUAACCCUGCUCCAAAGCCAGCCCUCUCCGGCCACUCAACUUCCGAUCCCGUCCCGUCUUCCGACCAUCCCUCCUCCGCCUUCCGCUCCCCUCUCUUCCCAUCCACCGUCUUCUCCCCCGCCGAUGACCACACUCCUGCCCAUGACGACGAUGAAGAGCCUGACGACCUCGAAAUCGACGAGGACGACGACGAAGAGCAACUAGAAGAUGAUUGCGAGAACUCCGACGCAGAAGCAGAGGCAGAGCCUCCUGCAGCUGGCUCCCAGCCGAUCGAGCUGAUGCAGCUGGACAUGUCGGAGGAUAUCCGGCUCGGCUCACCCGACGACGGCGGCUCCAACCAGCUCGACUCCAACUUCAACUUGUUCGGCUCCCAGCGGUGGAGAUCCCUAAUGAUGGAAGCCGACUGCUGCGGCGGCAUCGACUUCCAGCCGCCGCAGCCGAUGGAUCAAGAGCUCUCCCAGGAGGACACGCACUACUCCCAGACCGUGUCCGCCGUCCUCCAGAACCACCACCGGCUCGGUCGGUCCGGAGGCUGGCCCACCACCACCACAUCCUCCACCACCGCUUGCUCCCCGCCCCAGUCCGCUUUCGCCACGUGGACCAACUACGUGGCAGUAGCUGACCAUCCACCAGAAUUGGGAACGACGACGACGACGUCGCAGUGGGCCCUCAAGUACAUGCUGUUCAACGUGCCUUACCUCCACGCCAAGCACCACCCCGAGGAAGAGAAGGACUCCCCGAAAUCCGGCGCGGGCCGGGUGAGGGACGAGCUGAGCGCGAACCACGUGAUGGCGGAGCGGCGGCGGCGGGAGAAGCUCAACGAGAGGAGCAAGAUUCAGGAACUCGAGGCAAGGAACCGCCAGCUGGCGGAGCCACAGCGAAUUACAAGAUCGGAGAUGAAGAAGAAGGGUAGGGGGGCGGCGGCGGCGGCGGCGGCGGCGAGCGUGGAGGUGUCGAUCAUAGAGAGGGACGCUCUGCUGGAGCUGCAGUGCGAGCACCGGGAAGGGCUGCUGCUCGACAUGAUGCAGAAGCUGAGGGAGAUGAGGAUCGAGGUCACGGCGGUUCAGUCUUCUCUCAGCAGCAACGGUGUUCUCGUUGCGGAGCUGAGAGCCAAGGUGAAGGAGAAUGCCGUGAGGAAGAAG